AACAGCGAAUCACCGGCCGGCUCGAGCCCAAACCUCGUAUCAGGUGUCCCUGCAGGAACCGGGGAGCGCGCGCCGACACGCAUAUUUGACAGCUCGAGGUCCAGAGUGAGCUCGCACUCCAGCUCAGCGCUCAGCUCGGAACACUCCUCUCCUCUCCCGAACCCAGCCUGACCCGCCCGGACCAGCCUGACCCAGUCCCAGUCCCAGUCCAGCACCAACACCACCACCAGCAGCCAUGGAUGCCAUCAAGAAGAAGAUGCAGAUGCUGAAGCUCGACAAGGAGAAUGCCUUGGACCGGGCUGAGCAGGCAGAGGGAGACAAGAAGGCAGCGGAGGACAGGAGCAAACAGCUGGAGGAUGAUCUGGUGGCUCUGCAGAAGAAGCUGAAGGCCACUGAGGAUGAGCUGGACAAAUACUCAGAGGCUCUGAAGGAUGCCCAGGAGAAGCUGGAGCUGGCAGAGAAGAAAGCCACUGAUGCUGAGGGAGACGUGGCCUCUCUGAACAGACGUAUCCAGCUGGUUGAGGAGGAGUUGGACCGCGCUCAGGAGCGUCUGGCCACCGCCCUGCAGAAGCUGGAGGAGGCUGAGAAGGCCGCAGAUGAGAGCGAGAGAGGAAUGAAGGUCAUUGAGAACAGGGCUCUGAAGGAUGAGGAGAAGAUGGAGAUCCAGGAGAUCCAGCUGAAGGAGGCCAAGCACAUCGCUGAGGAGGCCGACCGCAAGUACGAGGAGGUUGCCCGUAAGCUGGUGAUUGUUGAGGGUGAGCUGGAGCGUACAGAGGAGCGCGCUGAGCUCAAUGAGGGUAAGUGCUCUGAGCUGGAGGAGGAGCUGAAGACAGUGACCAACCUGCUGAAGUCUCUGGAGGCCCAGGCUGAGAAGUACUCCCAGAAGGAGGACAAAUACGAGGAGGAGAUCAAGGUCCUGACAGACAAGCUGAAGGAGGCUGAGACCCGUGCUGAGUUCGCUGAGAGAUCAGUCGCCAAGCUUGAGAAGACUAUUGAUGACCUUGAGGAUGAGCUGUAUUCUCAGAAACUCAAGUACAAAGCCAUCAGCGAGGAGCUGGACCAUGCUCUCAACGACAUGACCUCCAUGUAAAUGUCAUAUAAAUUGUUUCCCCCUCCUCUGUGCUGCUGGAGCUGGCGGUUAAGUGGCAUCUCUCUCUGCUCUUCAGCAUCUGUCUGUUUCCUGCUUUCUGUCACUGCUUUCCUCCAUCACGCCAUCCUCAGUGGGGGUGGAGCACAGCUCUGAAAUCCCAUCUGUUGUACAGAACUUUGAGUUAUUUUGCUUUCUGUAAAAUAAUAAAGAAAUAUUAUUCCAUCUGUGUAAGCUCCCCACUCUCUCUCUCUUUCUCUCUCUUAGUUUGUCUUAAUUCUUUCUUAUGUUAACUUAUUGUUGAGAAGCUUGAAUAAAAUCUAGAAAAGCUCCUCUCAUGAA